AUGUAUUUCCAAUCUCUGGCCGUCGCCGUUCCUCUACUGUCUCUCGUCGCGGCCGCGCCUUUCGAGGAAGCGAAGCUCGAAGCACGCCAAAGCUGCACCUUUGCACAGAAGGUGGCUGGCAUCCAACAUGAGAUUGACACCAUCACCUCCCACUCCUUCACCGAUGCAAACCAGAUCCCUCUCGCCCCACUAGCAACUCGCACGUUCUUGGUUACUCCGGCUGAACUCGGCGGCAAGGUAACGCUGCCUCCCAUCAACGUCGGCGUAACCGCCGAAACCGUCCGGGCCGAACUGGUGGGCCUUGCUACCGUCCUCUUUGCCAGCGUGCCAGGUCCCAAUCAUGCGACUUACAUCAACAACGCAAAUGGCUCCGUGACUGCAGACUUUAUCCAGAACGACAACAUUGUUCUCCCCAGCGAGCACGUGCGUGAAAUUCACUACUUCAAUUCCGACUGUCAAAUCACCGAGAUUCUCGGGUAUGUGAACGGCCCUCUGAUCUGCCCGGAUGGUGCCUCGCCGGUCUCGAAUGCCGUUGUCGAGCAGCUCUGUGCGGAGCUCGAGGCUGCGACUUCUUCUUCGUGA